AUGGCUUUUAUUCGAGCCAUUUUCCACCCUCGUAAAUUUUCACAUUGUCUGUCUAGAAACUUUUCUCCUAUCCUGCGCCGCAAAACAACCGGUUCAAAGGAUUAUACCAUAAUUGAUCACUCUUUCGAUGCUGUCGUUGUUGGAGCAGGUGGAGCGGGAUUGAGAGCUGCGUUCGGAUUAGCUAAUGAAGGCUUUAAGACGGCUUGUAUUACGAAGUUAUUCCCAACUCGUUCCCAUACUGUUGCUGCUCAGGGCGGAAUCAAUGCCGCACUUGGCAACAUGGAACCUGAUGAUUGGCGCUUCCAUAUGUAUGAUACUGUCAAGGGAUCUGAUUGGCUUGGUGACCAAGACGCCAUUCACUAUAUGUGUGAGGAAGCGCCUAAGGCUGUAAUUGAACUUGAAAACUAUGGAAUGCCUUUUAGCCGACUCCCCAACGGAAAGAUAUACCAGCGGGCUUUUGGCGGCCAAAGUAUCGAUUACGGCCGAGGUGGACAGGCUCAUCGCUGUUGUGCUGUUGCAGACAGAACUGGGCAUUCAUUACUUCAUACUUUGUAUGGCCGAUCUCUUCGCUAUGAUGCACAUUAUUUUAUCGAGUAUUUUGCCAUGGAUCUUCUGAUGGAUAAAGGAGCCUGCGUUGGUGUAAUUGCCCUAUGCUUGGAGGACGGGACUAUUCAUCGAUUUAAAGCAAAAAAUACUGUUCUUGCCACAGGUGGUUGUGGCCGUACAUACUUUUCCUGCACUAGUGCGCAUACAUGCACUGGGGAUGGUAUGGCAAUGGCGACUAGAGCUGAGCUCCCUAACGAAGAUAUGGAGUUCGUUCAAUUUCACCCUACCGGAAUUUACGGAGCGGGAUGCCUUAUAACUGAAGGGUGUCGUGGUGAGGGUGGGUAUUUAGUAAACAGCGAAGGCGAGCGCUUUAUGGAGCGGUAUGCACCAAAUGCCAAAGACUUGGCUUCAAGGGAUGUGGUUUCUCGGUCAAUGACUAUUGAGAUGAGAGAGGGUCGUGGCGUUGGCCCAAGAAAAGAUCACAUUUAUUUACAACUUUCGCAUCUCCCAGUCGAUCAAUUGCGGUCUAAACUUCCUGGUAUUUCCGAGACCGCCAUGAUUUUUGCUGGUGUAGAUGUGACCCGAGAUCCCAUUCCAGUGCUUCCUACUGUUCAUUACAAUAUGGGUGGUCUUCCCACAAACUAUAAGGGUCAGGUUAUUAAAUGGGAUCCAGUGGCCAAAAAGGACGUCUUGAUUCCUGGGCUUUACUCUGCUGGCGAGACUGCAUGUGCUUCAGUUCAUGGUGCAAAUCGCUUAGGUGCUAAUUCCCUUCUGGAUUUGGUUGUAUUUGGCAGAGCUUGUGCACUUGAUAUUGCAGAGAAGCAUAAGCCCGGAGACAAAGUGCCUGACUUUACACCUGAAACUGGAGCUAAAUCAUUAGCGAAUCUAGACAGCAUACGUUGGGCCAAGGGCGAAUAUUCUGUUGCCGACGUGCGCCUAGAGAUGCAGCGCAUAAUGCAGGAACAUGCUGCCGUCUUUCGUGACGGUCCCGUACUUGCGGCUGGUUGUGCCAAAAUUGAUCAACUUUAUCGAGAAAAAAUGCAUCGUCUCAAGUUGGGUGACAGGAGCAUGAUAUGGAACUCAGAUCUUGUAGAAGCGCUGGAGCUACAGAAUCUGAUGCUUACGGCUGCCCAAGUAAGCAGAGCAUGA